AUGUGCGGAAUAUUUUGUUCCAUAUAUCAACCUGGACAGGAUUCCGAAUCUUCUAAACAGUGGAAUAUUUGCAAAGAUGUAAUAGCUGCUCGAGGUCCUGAUUAUUUAAUGGAGAAACAUUUGAUGUUGAGUCAGAACUGGCAUGGACAUUUUGUUGCCGCGGUAUUAUGGAUGCAAGGAUCAAGAAUUACAAUGCAGCCAGUUAUGGAUGAUAAUGAUAACUUGUUACUUUGGAAUGGAGAUAUUUUUUCAGGUUGUUUGGCAAAAACUGAUGUUUGCGAUACAGAUGUUCUUCUGGCUGAAUUACAAUCAACUACAGAUAUCAUAUCUGUGCUUCGAAAAAUCCAAGGCCCUUAUAGCUUGGUAUACUAUCAAAAGUCGAACAAUAUGUUAUACUUUGGACGAGAUAUUAUCGGACGACACAGUUUGCUUUUAAAAGUAGAUAACAGUGCCAAUUCAUUGACUUUAACUUCGGUUGCAAAUAAGAAAAUUAAAGGAAUUGUAGAAGUACCAGCUAUAGGUAUCUUUGCAAUGAAUUUAAAUGCAUCACAAAUAAAUUUAGCAUGUUAUCCAUGGAAAGAACUUGACUUGAGAUUCACGGAUAUUAUUGAAGUAUUGGAGAUAAAUUUAAAAGUAGAUAUUGACAUUAAAGAUACUAUAUUAGAAACAUGUCGAUCAAUGCUAACAAAUCCACAUCUGCAUCCCGAUCCCAAAGAUGUGGAAUAUCUAGAAAAUGUACCAUGUAAUAAAGAUUUUAAUCAAGUAUUGCAAUAUCUGUUGAAAAAUCGAGAAGUAAAUGACAGAGUCGAAUGUUUGAUGGAAUUGUUGCAUCAGUCUGUGAAAGUUAGAGUAAAAAAGAAACCAAAUUAUUGUAAGGACUGUAUCAAAAUUGUGCUAAAUGGCGAAAGUGUCACUUGCACUCAUUCCAAAAUUGGUAUAUUAUUUUCUGGUGGCCUAGAUUCGGCCAUUUUAACAGCGAUAGCUGACAAAUACGUUUCAAAAGACGAAAGUAUCGAUCUCAUUAAUGUGGCGUUUGAAAAACUUGCGAGCAAAAGCCAGAAUACGGCGAACAGUGAGAAAGGGACUGUAACGCAGAGAUAUGACGUACCAGAUAGAAAGACAGGACGACAAACUUAUUCCGAAUUGUUGCGAAUUUGUCCCAAUAGGAAAUGGAAUUUUAUACAAUGUAACGUUUCGCAAGUGGAACUACAACUGUAUCGUACGUUGCGAAUUUCUGAUUUAUUGUAUCCAUUGUGUACGAUACUGGAUGAAAGUCUAGGAUGCGCUAUGUGGUUUGCAAGCCGAGCGAAAGGUCUUCUCUAUCCAGGUAACGAAGCGUACGAGUCGCCAUGCAGAAUUCUGCUUCUGGGAAUAGGUGCCGAUGAAUUAUUUGGUGGAUACAUGAGACAUAGAACUAUAUUGAGACACAAAGGUUGGGAUGCACUGGUACAAGAAUUAAAUAACGAAUUAGCCAGGAUCUCCGAAAGAAAUUUAGGUCGCGACGAUCGGAUCAUUUCUGAUCAUGGAAAGCAGUCUCGUUUGCCAUACUUGGACGAAAAUUUGGUGAAAUAUGUGCAACAUACAAAACCAUGGGAGAGAUGUUAUCCAACUGAGAAAAUGCCAAGUGGAUUGGGAGAUAAAUUACUACUACGUUUGCUAGCCUGUAAGAUUGGUUUUCAUUGUACAGCGAACUUUCCUAAAAGAGCUUUUCAAUUUGGUUCACGAAUUGCAGAUAGUAAAGAAAAUGCUAAUGACAUAUCAAAAAGAUUAUAAAACGCAAAUAUGAUCGGUCUCUAACAAUAGUGACAUUUUUAAAAUAAGCAAAAAAGUGGCGAUUUCCGCUGCAGCCAACUUUCCAUUAAAUCGUUUGUUUUUAAUAGCAUCUCUUCGGCAAUCGUCUAUGUUAAAAGUAAGAAACUAAUAUGUAUUUAACACUCAAUAAUACUCAAUUUUUAUUUAAAAUUGCAAUUUUAAUGCUGUCAUCCAAAUUUUGAUAAUAAAGAUGAUAAUUGUAC